GGGUUCCGCUGCGGCCGAGGCCGCUUCGGCGAUCGCAGCGGGUUGCCACGGCGGCAGGAGCGGGCGCUUCAGCCGCCGGCACAGCGGGUUCGCUGGCCGCAGCCUCGGGAGCCGCGCGCCGUGCGGGGCCGCCGCUGGCGGUGGGGCGGCUGCCGCUGGCGGGGCAGCCGGCGCCGGAGCGGUUGCUGGCGCCGGCGUUUCGGUCGCGCCGUUCGCGCUUGGCGCGUUCAAUCCCAGCCGGUUGGCGCGUUCCGUCACCGGGUCACGCAACUGCCUGAGAGCUUCCAUGGUCGCCUGCACGAUGUUGAUGGGGUUGCGGGACCCUAGCGAUUUGCCCACCACAUCUUGCACGCCGCCCAACUCCAGCAUCGCGCGCAUUGCUCCGGCAGCGAUGAUGCCCGUUCCCAGGGGAGCCGGCUUGAUGAUGACGAUGGACGCGCCCUUGCGGACGGAGAUUUCGUGAGGGAUGGUGCUGCCCUUAAUGGGGAUAUUGAUGGUGCUCCGUCGGGCUACCGCGGUGCCUUUGCGCACUGCGUCGGGAAUGGCCAGCGCCUUCCCCAUGCCGACGCCCACGCGCCCCUGGCCGUCUCCGACCACCACCAGCGCGUUGAACCGCAGCCGGCGUCCGCCCUUGACCACUUUGGCGAUGCGGCGGGUGUGGACCACUCGCUCAUUCAAGCCGCCGCUGUCGUCGUCGCGCUGCCGCUGGUCACGGUCGCGACCACGGCCACCACGGCCUCCGCGGCGAUCCGGGCCGCCUUCGCCGCCUCCGCCGGGGGGACCGCCCCUGCCGGGGGGACCGCCCCUGCCGGGGGGACCGGUUCUG